AUCGAGGCGGAAAGAAAAGGACGCCCACCCGCACGCACCCAGCCACGCUCCCGGCAAUCCCCAACGACGCGAGCGCAUACGACUCCCUCCCUCCUUUUAAACCGCGCCACACGCCGACCAACCGGAACCGGAACCUGAACCCGCCGACGACUUCUUCCUCCCCUCCCCUCCCCGCCCCUCCUCCCACCGAUCUCUCCUCCUCUCUCAUGGCGACGUCAACUUCGCGCGACCGCGGCGGCUACCCGCCGGACUCGACGCGGCUGCGCAUCGGCGACGACAUCGCCUGGGCGGACGUCGGCGGCGUCUACGACCGCGACGACUCCCUCAAGGAGAACACCAACCCCAAGUGCCUGCUCAAGGCCCACAACCCGAGCGCGCCCGGCCAGCACCACCACCACCACCACAACGGCGCCGCGUCGCAGCGCUUCUCCGGGAACCUGAAGCCCACGGCGGCGCCCAUCAUCGGCCUCUCCGGGAAGCUCGGCCAGGGCGGCGCGCGGCGGACCCACCAGCAGCACCCGCCCGCCAUGUUCCCCAAGAAGGCCAAGACCGGCGGCGGCGGCCGCAACCCGAGGCCCGCCGUCCCGGAGGACGAGCCCAGCUCCCCCAAGGUCUCGUGCAUCGGGAAGGUGCUCUCCGAGCGCGAGAGGGCGCGGCGCAGGCCUCGCCCGCCCCCCUCGGAGCGCCCUCCUUCCGGCUGCUGCCCUGGACUCGGCUUCCUCAUGCGCCGCAGCCGCUCGCGGAAGAGCGCCGUGGAGAGCGUCGACUGGUCCCCGCCUCCCCCGCCACCGGCAGCGAGGCGGAGGGAGGCGAAGGCGGCCGAGACGGAGGAGGCCGCGCCGGCGCCGGCGCCCGGGCUGGGAGGGGUCAUGCGGUUCGCGUCGGGGAGGCGGGCGGCGGAUUGGGCGGCCCAGAUGGAGGUGGACGACCGCGUGGCGAAAUCCGGGCCGUUGUAGCGCGGGCAGGAGAUUUAAUUUUGCUCUCGGGUUGGGUUUGGUUUGUGUCCGCUUCUGCUGCUUGUUGUUGCCGUGCUCUAGGCUUAGUAAACUUGUUUCUGUUUGUCUGUAUAUACUGAUAGUAUUAAUUAGGACAACACAUUUGUGGGAUCAUGAUAUGGAUUUGAAAAUCAGACAAAAUUUUGCUAGUUUCCUCAUCUGCUUUUGGCUCGUUUCUGAAUUGUUGCAAUUUCACAUGUUCUUGACAAUGCAGUCCUGACAUCCUGUGGAAAUUUGAUGAAAAUUUCAGAACUAAUCUUGACAACAUACCUUGCACCACCAUCUUCUUGCAGAAGAUCAGCAGCAUAGCUUGAGAGGAACGAUGUCGUCAUGGGCCAUGACCACAGCUCCAAAGGCAUUCCUCUUAUUCCAGCAAUGGACCACACGGAUUUGUUGUGCCGCAAGAGCGAGUAUAUGCCAUCAGGCUCAGUUAUCACAGAAGGGAUAAUCGCCAGCCCUGGAGUCACUGGAUUUAUUUUCCAAACUAAAUAGCAAUUGUAUGUGCUAUUCAUUCUGAUGCUGUUAACAAGGAUGGAAUAAGAAAACUGGGGAAUGUA